ACAGUUGCCAACAACAUCCCUCUAGAUCUUGCUCACUCGCUCGCUCGCUCUUCCAGCUCGCCGUUGUUAGUGGACUUAGCGACUCGCUCACGAAGCACGCGCUUUCGCGUUAGAUUGUCGUUACGAUGUCGGACCCUUCCGGUUUUCCUAAUGGGGGAAUUUCCCUGCGUCCCCAGGAUGUGAAGAAAUCUCGAGACGAAUCUGGCGGAGGAACUUCUGGAGGAACAGUUUCGAAAACAUCUCCUGACGGGAAAGAGCAUUCGUCACCCGGAGACUCCUCGAUGGCAUUUUCGCCGCAGUGGCUCACCGCGAAGCACUCGGACUCAUCGCGUGGUGCUGUCGGCCAGCCCUUCCAGGACCCUUCCAAGCCGAUGGGUUACGGCAGAGGCGGCGAGGCUCCCGGCGGAAAGUGGAAGGUAGGCCGCGGGGCCAGUGCAGUCGCAGGCGCAGGCGGCAUUCCGGGGGGGGGAGUAGCGGGAGCGCCGCCGGACGAGGCGAAGCGGGAGCGCGACUGGUGGCGCAGCGCGGGCAUGGAGCGCGAAAGGCCGAGCGACCGCUGGGGGGAGGACGAGCGCGAGCGCGAGAGCGUGGGGGGGAAGCCGCGGAACGACCCCCGCUGGGGGUCCAUACACGCCCCGCCGCUGGGGGGUGAGAGCGGAAAGGAGGCGGGGGAGGGGGGCGGGUAUGUUAAGAAGGAGCGCUGGGUGGAUCCUCCGGGGAUGGGCGGUCCCCGCGCGGGGCUCGGCGCGGGAGGGGAGGCAAGCGUGGAUUACCGCAAGGAGCGGUGGGCGGACAGCGGAACGCGGAGUUUCGACCAGCGCCGCGAUACUAAGUGGAGUUCGCGUUGGGGCACCGCGGAGGAGAAGGAGAAAGAGAAGGACAGGGGCGUCGUGCAUAGCGAGAGUUGGGGGGAGAAAAGUGGGCAUGGCGGGGGAAGCGGAGGAAUCGGAGGCGGGCUCCGCGGAGCGGCGGAGUCCGCGCAGGGCGGCGGGGGCGGGGGAAGCGCGCGGUGGACGCUGCCGGGGGAGAAGGAAGCGGACAAGCACCGCGAGUUUGAAAAACCUAGGGAUUACCGGCCCGCCAUCGGCGCGCGAGAUAGCGACCGGGGGAAAGAGGCGGAGAAGGACGUAGGCAGCGGGGGGUCUAUUGGGGCUGGGGCCGGGGGGGCGGGGGGGCCCGGGGGCGGAAGCGCGGGGGGAGCCGGGAGCGGUAGCUGGACUAGAGACACUACCGCGGGGAGGUCGGAGACAGGGGGGAAGUGGCGCCCGCAGUCUAUCGCGGGGCGGGGGCGCGGAGAGGCUCCGCCUACGGGCACGUCAAUUUCCACCGCCCCGUUCUCCAAGUUCCAGCCAGGGUUUGGGUUCGCGGCGGGGCGCGGGCGCGGAGCCCCCGACGGUGCAGGCGCAGGCACAGGCUCCUCCGCGCUGGGCGCUGGCGGAGGGGGCGGAGGCUUUGCGCGGGGGCGCGGAUUCGGCGGGGGGGCAGGGGGAAGCUGGGACGUUCCAGGGCAGGCCUCCAGGGCGCAGCAGAUCGGCGCUCCGCCCCCGGAGGCUGGCGGAGCGGGCGCUCCGCCGUCCGCGGAGACGUUCAGGUACCCGCGCGCGCGGCUGCUGGAGAUCUACCACGCGCACAAGCGCGCGCCUGAGUUCAGCGCGGCGAUUCCGGGGGAAUGGUCUGAGGCGCCCGCGCUCCUGGGGUCUGAGCCGCUGGUGCCGGUGGCGCUGGUGGAACCGAGCGCGGAUGAAGAGGCGGUGAUGGCGGCGAUUGAGAGUGGCGAGAUCGUGGGCAGCGGGGUGGUGCACUCAUCGAGGGACAAGGACGCCUCGCGAGACAAGGAGCGGGAGCGGGAGGGCAAGGAUGCCAGCAAUCAGCAUGCACAAGAAGCUGACAAGCGCCAACCCACUCACGCACCUGGCGCUGCAGCUGCAGUAGCAGCCACCCAGGCAACCGACGCAACCCAGGCUUCACCCGCCCCAGGCGCCACCUCCCUGUCUCCCUCCCAAGCCAAAUACACCGCCCUGACCACCGCCCCCCCCUCCAUCCCGCCUGAAAAGCUCCUGCUACAGUACCGCGACCCCCAGGGGGAAGUCCAGGGGCCGUUUCCAGGUGACGACAUUAUGGGGUGGUUUGAGGCGGGGUUUUUUGGCCUGGAGCUGCCGGUGCGGCCGGUGGACCCGGGGACGGGGGAGGCGGCGCCUGGGGUGCAGUUUCUGCCGCUGGGGGAUGUCAUGCCGCAUCUGAGGCCGUCGGCUAAGGUGCCCCCUGGCUUUGCUGCUGCUGGUGCUGGUGGUGGCAGUGCUGGUGCUGGUGCUGGUGCUGGUGGUGGGGGUGGUGGUGCUGCUGCUGCAGGGGUUGCGGUCGAGGGCGCAGUAGCUGCGGACGCCACCCUGGUUGCUGAGAAAGAAAGCGCUGGGCUGGCAGGCAGUGCUGCUCCUGCUGCUGAUGCUGCUGGGGCUGCUGCGGCUGGUGUUACUGGUGCUACAGGGGCUUCAGGUGCUACAGGUGCUGCUGGUGCUGCUGGUGCUGCUGGUGCCGGCGGCGGUGCGAUGGCUGGUGCCGCAGGGGUCAUUCUCGGGGCUCUUCACGCUGGCACAAGUGCUGGCAUGGAAGAGCCAAGUGGCCUAUACCAAGCCUCCUGGUCAGCUCCGGGCUCGGAGGAGCUUCGGGCCGAGCCGGGGUUGCAUGGGACGGGGUUGGGCAUGGCUGGAGCGGUGGGCGCUGGAGCGGCAUCCAGGUCGUUUUCCAGUCUGGAUGCGCUGGCUCAGGGCCAUCGCACCCCCUCGCCCUCUCCUGCGCUUUACGACCCACUGCACCCACCACAGCAGCAGCAGCAGCAGCAGCAGCCGGCCCACCUUCCUCACCCGCACGACCCUCUGCCGUCCCUCCUCUCGCACCUCCUCCCCCACUCACAGCAACCCCAACAGCAGCAGCAGCAGCAGCAGCCGUUGCCGCAGCAGGUGCAAUCAACCCUCCCCCCAGCCCUCCCUCCCCCGCGAAUCUCCCUGGCGCAUCUCCACCACCCCUUGCACCCACUCCUGCACCCUGCUGCUGCCGCCACCGGCCUAGGCCCAGCCACGCUCUAUCCAGGGGUUGGGGGGCCGAUAAUAGGGCAGGAUGAGAUAAGCCUGCGGAUGCAAGAGGCGCUGGUACAGGCCGGUAUUCCCAAGGACGCGCCUCUGGAGCAGCUGCUGCAGCACCCGCCUAUAGUGGAUCUGCUUAUGCGGGUACAGCAGGAGGUGGUGCAGCAGAGGGAGCAGCGGGAGGCGCAACUGAGGGAGGCGCAGAUUAGAGAGGCGCAGUUGAGGGAGGCGCAGCUGAGGGAGGUUCAGAUGCGCCUGCAGCAGUCCUUGGCUCUGGAUACGGGUAGUUCUGGGGGAGGGUUACCUGGGGUAGUAGUGGCUGGUGCUUCUGCUGGCUUCCCUCACGCGCUGGCGAAAGAGGGUGGCGGGUUACCAGAGGUUGUUACGGAGGAGAUGGCGUUACAGAUGCACCUGUCGUCACUUUUGAUCUCAGGGCGCCAGGUUGAACCCCAGGGAACGCAACUGAUACAGCAGCAGUUGCAGCAGUUACAGCAGCAGCAGCAGCCCCAGUUUUUGCAGGCCCCCCCUCACGGGUCGGUUCCGCUCCCUUGGCUGCAGCACCCCUCUCUGCUGCCCCCCCCUUUUGGCCAAGCGCUCUUGCCCUUCCCGGGGCUGCCCCACCAGCAGCAGCCGCAACAACCAGGACAGCAGCAGCAGCAGCAGCAGCAGCAGGAGCAGCAGCAGGGGCAACGGGGGCAGCAGCAGCUACUGCAACAGCCGAACCUUGGUAUGCUCCCCACUCAUUUUCCCCACCCUAUUCCGCAGAUGGCUCAGGAGCAGCUUCAGCAGCAGCUGCUGCAGCAGCAGGUGCUGCAGAUGCAGGGUGGGGGCCAGCCGCAGAGAGAGGUGCAAAGCUCUGGCGUUGCUGACUCGUCGCAGCAGCAGCAGCACGAGCAGCCACUGCUGCAGCAACCACAACAGCAGCUGCAGCAGCAGCAGCAGCAGCAGCAGCAGCAGCAGCAGCAGCAGCAGCAGGCAGCGCCACCGCGGCUGCUGUUUUCGGAGUUAUUGCGGCAGGACUAUCAGGCAGAUGUGGCGGCUCCUGCUGUAGCCGAGGCUGUAGCCCAGGCAGGGAGCCAGUCUGUGGGGACAGAGCAAUUGGGGAAGACGGAGGAGUUGAGCCAACUGCAGCAGCAGCAGCAGCAGCAGCAGCUGGAGGAAGGGAAGGGUGAGGCACCGAAGGUCCUUGCAGAGCAGGGAGGGGAGGCGGGGAAGGGCGAUGCGGCGAGUGCUGCUGCUGCUGCUGCGGAUGCAGAUGCAGACACGGAGGAAGGCAGAGCAGAGGAGGAGAAGGGUGCUGAUGCUAGAGGCAAGAAGGAUGAGGCUAUUAGCGAGGAUAAGACAGUCGGAGAUGAUGCGGAUGAGGGCUCUCAGACGCUUUCGAAGAAAGAGUUGAAGAAACUGAAGAAGAAGAAACAGAAGGAGGAGCAGUUGCUGCUGCUGCAGGAGCGGAAGGAGAAGGAGAUGGAGAAGGAGAAGGAGAAGGAGAAGGAACGGGAGAGAGAGAAGGAGAGGGAGAAGGAUAGGAAGGAAAAGGAGAAGCAGAAGCAAAAGCAGCAGAAACAGCAGCAGCAGCAGGUUUCAGCCGCCGAGCCAAGCACCAAAGGCCUUUCUUACAGCGACAAGGCAGCAGCAGGAGCAGCAGCAUCACCAGCCGCAGCAGCAUCCCCUGCCUCACCUGCUACUGUCACCGAAACCCUUGCAAAACCCUCUACCCCGCCCCUCCCAGCCUGGAAAGCCCACACGGUCCCGGCAAAGUCUCUCGCCCAGAUUCUUGAGGAGGAAGCGGCAGAGGCAGAGAGGCAGAGGGCAGAGCAGGAGAGGCGCAUCCAGGCCGCCAUUGCAGCAGGGGAGGUCAUCGGCGGGUCAAGCGCCUUUAGCUCUGGUGGGUUUGGCAGUGGCAGUGGGGCUGCUACCGUGUGGGGAAACACUGCUGGUUCUGCAGCUAUGACUCGCAAGAAAUCCCUCAAGGAGAUUCUAGAGGAGGAGGCGACAGCUGCUGCGGCCGCCUCUGCAGCAGCAGAAGCAGCUGCUAGGUGCGCGGCCACUGCUAGCGCUGUGCUGUUCCCCCAGGGACCUUCUUUGGAGCCCAGAACAGGGGCUAGUCUGUUCGACCCCCUCGCGUCUAGGGGUUAUCCUAGCCCGUCUAGCACGGGUGUUGCUGCAGGGGGUUCGGGGCGGUUGGCUGGGGGUGUGGGAGCAGGAGCAGGCUCAGGUGUUUCAGGUGUUUCGUCAGGUGGUUUGAGGGACCCCCUGGCUGAGGAGAUCCUGGGGUCGGCGUCUAGUAUGCUGGACGAUGCAAGGAUAGAGGCGAAGAGGAGCGAUGCUGCCUCUGCUGCUGCUGAUGCUGCUGCUGCUGCUGCCAUUGCAGCUGCAGCUGAAGUGGACGAUUCGGAGUUUGUUGAGCCCAAGGAAUCCCGGAAGAACAAGAAGAAAGGGGCCAAGGGCAAGGCUGCUGCUGGCAAGUCGCCUCCCUCCUCCUCCGCCUCUUCUGCUGCUGCUGGAUUUCCCAGCGACGCUGCUGCUGCUGCUGCUGCUGCUGCUUCUGCCCUCCCCGCUGCCUCUAUCCCUGUCACCACCUCCAGGUCGGCUUCUGGUGGUGCGGCAGCAUCCCUUUCUGCAGCAGCAGCGGCGGCAAAAGCAGCAGAUGAGAUCCUGGCCCCUCCGGCCCCUUCCUUGGCCGAUUUCCUCAUGGUUCCUGGGCUGAUUCCAGGGGUUAGCCCCUCCGCCGCCCCUGCUCCUGCCCCUGCUCCUGCCUGGUCAACUGGGUCCGCAGGGAGGGGAUUAGCAGCAACAGGAGGGGGAGGAGCAGGGGGAGCGCGAGGGGGGAGGGGGCAGGUGCUUUCUCUGGCGGAAAUUCAGGCAGCAGAGGAGCGGGCUAAGGGGGAGGUGAGGCAGAGGCAGGAGGAGAGGGUGAGGGAGGAGGAGAGGGCGCGUCAGGCACAGAUUAGGGUGCUGCAGGAACGGGUGGGUCCUGCUGCUUCGGCUGCUGUGCCGUCUGCUGCUGCUGCUGCUGCUGUGGGAGGGGGGGGAGUGGGUGGUGGGGCUGGAGGGAAGGGGAAGGGAGGGGGGAAGAAGCAGCAGGAGAGGAAAGAGACGGCUGUUGUGGCGGAUGAUGAGGAUAUGUUCUGGGACUACUCGUACCAGUCAAGCACCAGUAAGGAGGUGCCAGGAGCAGCAGCAAAGGACUUCACUGCUGUUGAGGCGAAGGGAAAGGGUGGCUCCAAGAAGAAAGGCGCCAAGUCAACUCAGCCGGCAUCAGCGCUAGCAGCAUCGGCCCAGGUGCCUGCAGCAGAGCUCCGGGCAGCCCAGGAUUUCCGGCAGUGGUGCGAGGCCAACAUCCAGAAGCUCACGGGCAGCUCGGACCUCACUCUAAUCGACUUCUGCAUGUCGCUGCCCAAGGCAGCGGACGACCAGGUGCGCCAGUACCUCUUCCAGUACCUGGGCUCAGCCCCCGCAGCCUCCUCCUUCACCUCCACUUUCCUCUCCCGCCGUGCGGGCCUCUCCCCCUUGGCGGUCCGCGUGGCCUUCCCUGUGAGUGAAGCGGUGAUUCAGGACGACUCUUCCCUGCUUGGUGGUGCUGGUGCUGCUGCUGGUUCUGCUAGGAAAGGCUCGGCGGCUGCUGCUUCGGCUUCCCGGACGGGUGCUGGGCCUGUGGGCUCGGCUCGGGAGGAGGCUCGGAGGGUGACUGCGAGUGUGGCGGGGUCUGGAAAGGCCGGCAGUGGUGGGGCUAGUGGUAAUGGCUCUGGUGCUGCUGGUGGUGGUACUGGUGGUGGUGAAGGGGGGGGGAGGGGGCAGGAGGGAAGAAGAAGAGCAAGAAGGGAAAGAAGGUGGUGGAUCCAUCGCUGCUUGGAUUCAGUGUUACGAGUAACCGCAUUCUCAUGGGUGAGAUCCAGCAUGUGGAGGAUUAGAUAUGAUCCAGCAUACGCUGCCCUGUUGCGUUUUUGUCAGCAUUGAGGACGUGGGGGUAGGGAGGUGGGGCUUACCUUUCGAGCAACCCUUGGGAGUUGGUCCAAGAGAGCCUUCUGUUGAUGUGGUGUUGCUGGAUCCUUGCAUCAUGUGGCCUUCUGAGCAUCCCUUUGGGGGGUUACAGGCAGACUGAGAAACGCUGCAUUAUGUCAGCAUGGUCAGGCAAUCAAGCACUGUCCAUGUUUGGGAUAGGUAGAAUUUCCUAGAUGGCUUGAAGUAGACAUUGACGGUAGUAACUAGAGUUCAAAAUCCUGAUUUUGACUCUCAUAUGU